UAGACAGAAAGCGAGACUUAAACGCAGAUUAACCCCCGGAGUGUCUAACUGUUAGACUCUAACAUUAACAUCAGCGCUCAUCUUUGUUUUUUAUCGUCUUUCGCCCAGUCAGAAAAGCUGAUAAUUGCACAGAGCUCAGACGUCGUGUUUAGACGCAGAUUAGGCAGAACGCUGAGCUCAGGAAGUUCCUCCUGGUCCACAUGGUCAUUAGUCUAACAUCAGACUCCAAUCUCUGACACUCCGAGGGUUUGAUUCGGUUAAAACGAGGUACGUGAUGUCCUCACGUGACCAAAACCAGACAGAACAGAGAAGGUCUUACUCAGUGAGGCUCAGUGUAACUGAGGUCAGGUGAAGUCAUCGGUGUGUGUGUGUGACAUCGUGACCACACAGUGCUUCAGCACGUCAGAUAAGAGGCAUGGAGAUGGUUUAAAAAGCCAAAGCCAGAGAGACCUUCUCACAGCUCUCAUCUCCAUUCCACACUGAAGCUGGACACCAUGAAGCUCCAGACCUUCAUCCUUUCAGCUGUUCUCAGCUUUUGCUCUUCAGCUCCAAUCCUCCGCCAGCAGCUUGGAAUAAUCGCCAGUAACAGCAAUGAGAUUGUGCGCCUCCCAGGACUCACGCUCGCCGGCGUCGGUUUGGGACAAACACAAGUCCAGGGCACUCAGUUCCUCUCUCCGUUCCUGAUCCAGUCCCAGCCUGAUCUCCUGAUGCCUCCUCACCUGCUGAAUUUUGGUCCUCAGUUUCCGGGUCAGUUCCUGACCCCACAACAGAACCUGCCCCCGUUACUACUGCCCUCUCUUCAGCAAGAGCAGCCCACAGGGUCAAUCGACCCCAACAACCCUCCCCCCAACAACCAGGACCCUGCCCAGGUGGUUCCUCAGUACUUCCCGUUACCUCGGGCACCAGCAGGACAGGGUUUUCGGUAUUAUAUAAGUUAUGGAUUCCCUUCAAGAAACACGCUGCCCAUGUUCCCGUCCAAUCAGAACACGGCUAAUAAAAAUGUGGCCAAUCGGAACCCAGUCGGACCCACUAAAGUCCCUCAGCCUGUGCAGAAUAACGGGAAGGUGGUGGAGCCGUGGCACAUGACUCCGCCCCCUGAAAACCGUGGCGAUCGUCCUGGGCGUGGUGUAGAGGGGGUAAAUACACAGUCCUAUCUGUAUUAUAUCUAAUAUCUAAUAAAGUGGAAAUCAUUGUGGAUUUGUUUUGUUGUAAAUGACAGGGUCCUGCGUUAGCUUUUUUCCAGCCGUAGACCUGAAGAGAAACGUGUGAGUACUGUAGCGUAGCUGUGUA